AUGGGCUUUACCAAAAUUUUAAGUUCUUUCACCCUUUUCCUGUUCAUUGGGUAUACUUUGGUGAAUGGAUCCACCCCAAGGCAUUAUAUUGUUUACAUGGGAGAUCAUUCAUACCCCAAUUCAGAAUCUGUAAUCAGAGCAAAUCAUGAGAUACUGGCUUCAGUUAUUGGAAGCAUGAGUGAAUCAAAGGCAGCAGCACUCCACCAUUACAGUAAAACCUUUCAAGGCUUCUCGGCCAUGAUUACACCAGAGCAAGCUAAUAAACUUGCAGAAUAUAACUCAGUAGUGUCCGUUUUUGAGAGCAAAUUGAAUAGACUCCACACAACACAUUCUUGGGAUUUUCUUGGAUUAGACUCUGCCUAUAUGGGCAACCAUAUGGCACUGGAUGCUGAAUCUGAUGUCAUUGUUGGUGUCAUUGACUCUGGGAUCUGGCCGGAAUCAGAAAGCUUCACUGAUUAUGGAUUAGGUCCUGUGCCGGAAAAAUUCAAGGGAGAGUGUGUUACUGGUCAAAAUUUUACACUAGCCAAUUGCAACAAGAAAAUUAUUGGUGCCAGGUUCUAUUUAAAAGGGUUUGAAGCAGAAGUUGGUCAUCUAGAAGAUGUUGCUACCAAGAUUUUCUUCAGGUCAGCACGAGACAGUGGUGGACAUGGAACACACACUGCUUCCACAAUAGCAGGAUCCUUUGUUGCUAAUGCCAGCUUGUUUGGCAUUGCUAAAGGAACUGCUAGAGGUGGUGCCCCAAGUGCCAGACUUGCCAUCUACAAGGUCUGUUGGGUUGGAUUUUGCAGUGAUGCUGAUAUUCUUUCUGCCAUGGAUGAUGCCAUUCAUGAUGGGGUUGACAUGCUAUCUCUUUCCCUUGGCCCUGAACCUCCCCAACCAAUUUAUUUUGAGAAUGCAAUCAGUAUAGGAGCAUUCCAUGCAUUUAAACAUGGAGUUUUUGUUUCUGCUUCUGCUGGAAACUCGGUUUUUCCACGCACUGCAAUCAAUGUUGCUCCUUGGAUCCUCACUAUUGCUGCUAGCACCUUAGACAGAGAAUUCAAUUCAAAUAUCUACCUUGGUAACUCAAAAGUCUUAAAGGGUUUGUCUUUGAAUCCAAUAAAAAUGGAGCAUUCGUAUGGUUUGAUAUAUGGAAGCGCUGCAGCAGCUUCUGGAGUUCCAGCAAUAAAUGCAAGCUUCUGCAUGAACAAUACUCUGGAUCCUGCUUUAAUCAAGGGUAAAAUUGUGAUCUGUACAAUUGAGCAAUUUACUGAUGACAGAGAAGGGAAGUCCAUAAUAGUAAGGCAAGGUAGGGGUGUUGGAAUGAUACUUAUUGAUCAUAAUGCCAAAGAUAUUGGUUUUCAAUUUGUCAUCCCAACCACUCUCAUUGGUCAGGAUGCAGUAGAAGAGCUUCAAGCAUAUAUGAAGACAGAGAAGAAUCCCAUUGCUAGAAUCUACCCAACAAUAACAGUCCUUGGAACCAAACCUGCACCAGAAGUGGCAGCUUUUUCUUCCAUUGGGCCAAAUAUAAUAACACCAGAUAUUAUUAAGCCUGACAUCACGGCACCAGGAGUGAAUAUUUUGGCAGCAUGGUCUCCAGUAUCAACUGCAGGCACGGUUGAAGAACGAUCGGUCAACUAUAACAUAAUUUCAGGAACUUCAAUGUCUUGCCCACACAUAACUGCAGUUGCAGCAAUUAUUAAGUCUCUCCACCCAUAUUGGGGUCCUGCAGCCAUAAUGUCGGCAAUAAUGACAACAGCCACAGUUAUGGAUAACACACACCACCUCAUAGGAAGAGAUCCAAAUGGAACUCAAAUCACACCAUUUGACUGUGGAUCUGGACAUGUUAACCCAGUUGCAGCACUCAAUCCUGGAUUAAUAUACGACUUCAAUUCCCAAGAUGUUGUCAAUUUUCUCUGCAGCACUGGAGCAAGCCCAGCACAACUUAAGAACCUCACUGGGGUUCAAACUCAAUGUCAGAAAUCUCCAACAGCUUCCUACAACUUCAAUUAUCCAUCAAUUGGUGUGUCCAACUUGAAUGGAAGUUUAUCUGUUUAUCGCACGGUUACAUACUAUGGUCAAGAACCAACAGUAUAUUUAGCAAGUGUUGAAAAUCCAACUGGUGUGAAUGUCACAGUUACACCAGCAGAACUGAAGUUCUGGAAAACUGGGGAGAAAAUAACUUUCAGGAUUGAUUUCUUGCCUUUCAAGAAUAGCAAUGGAAACUUCGUGUUUGGUGCCUUGAUAUGGAACAAUGGCAGACAAAGUGUUAGGAGUCCUAUUGGUCUCAAUGUACUAUCUACUUAUCAUUGA